GCCCGGUGCGGGGCGCGACGGUGGCGGGGCUGCCUGUACCCUCGAAGCGGGCAGCCGUGGCGCGGGGAGCGGCGGGGCAGCGCGAGCGACUGGAUCCCAAGCAGCGCCCGCCGGCUGCGCCAGCGCCUCAGAGUUCCCCCGGCCCCCGGAGACCGAGAGCGGCCCUCAGCGACUCGGAUUGCAAAGAGACGGCGGAGGAGCGGCUCGACGGGCCGGCACCGUAGCCCCCCAAGGCGCCCGGCGCUUCCCCGCUCGGGACGCUGCCCGGCGCUCGGCCGUGGCGCCGCCGCCGGCGGGCGGCCGAGAGCCCCGCCGUACGCCCGCCCUCCGCCGCGGCCGGCGGCCCGCCGCCACCGCGCGCCCCCGUCAUCCACUCGCCGCAGCAGGCGGCCCUCGCCAGCCCAAGCCUCUGUCGCUGGCGAGAUCGCCACCUCGGCGCGGACAAGCGAAGGAAGCCGCGCGGCGAGGCGGUCCCACCCGGCACCGCCGUGCUGGGCGGUGGCGGCCCGUCGCGUUCGCCGCCGCGGCCGCGCUCGCCGCGCCGCGCAUGUUGCCCCUUCCCCAACGGCGGCGGUCUUCCCGGCCGCAUCUACUACACGGCGCCCUUCUACCCCGGCUACACGAACUACUGCUCCUUCGGCGCCCUGCACGGGCACCCCGCCGGCCCCGCCGCCGCCGCCCCCGGCGCCCACUUCAAUGGAUUAAACCAGACUGUCCUCAGCAGAGCCGAGAGCCUGGCUAAAGACACUAAAAUGAUCAGGAGCCAGUCCCAAGUAGACCUUUGCAAAGACUCACCUUACGAACUGAAGAAAGGUAUGUCCAACAUUUAAUAUCGGCUUCUCCUCCCUAACCCCUCCUGGGACUGUGGUUUUGUUCUUUUUUUUUUUUUUUUAAUUUAUUUGAAAGAAAUAAUAAAUUGCUUUGGCAGUUAUUUUUUCACUACCAAAAGAAAAACAAAACAAAACAAGCAGAAAAAGACCAGCUCCCCCCCUCUCUCCCAGCACCCUCUUCAAAAGUUUAUAGAGUCUAUUGGAAAUGACUGGGUGGAAACCGCCCAGAAAUGUCUUAAGCAAGUGAAAAGCAAAGGAGUGACACGCUCUCUCUCACACACACAAAGAAGAAAGAUUUGUAUUAAAUCUUAUUCUGUAUAUUUAAUGUAGCUUUUUUGUAUUUAAAUUGAUAAUACAGUAUCUUUGAAGUAAAUUAUGAAAUCAAGACACCUGUACAGGCAUUAAUGUUGUUUUCGUAAUAUAAAUAUAUACAUUUCUGUGUCUUUUUCCGAAUUGUUUCAUAGUUUUAAAAUAUAUAUAUACAAGUUUAAUUUAAUUUUUUUAUGCCUAUUGUUUUUUUUCCCUUGGGUGUGAGUUAAACCAUAAUGCAAAAACAGGACAAAAAAAAGGAAAUAGGUUAUACGUAUUAGAUACAAAAAACUGCAGCCGCCUUUGUAAAAUGCAAAUAUUUAAUUAAAAGAGAUUUUUAACAGAA